UCCCGUUUCCCGUCGUGCACACGCACGUGAAGGUCAGCAAUAAAGCCAUUAAGCAUUUACAGUUUGCAAAAUAUUACCAGUACGACCUCUUUAUAAGCAGGUAUGGACAGCCAGGGAGCGACAGCUGACCCUCAGCUUCAGCAGUUCAUCGAAAUCGAGUCUCAGAAACAAAGAUUUCAGCAGCUGGUGCAUCAAAUGACGGAGGUCUGCUGGGAGAAGUGUAUGGAUAAACCCGGGCCGAAGCUGGACUCGAGGACGGAAGCGUGCUUUGUAAACUGCGUGGAGCGAUUCAUCGACACCAGCCAGUUCAUCUUAAACAGACUGGAACAGACUCAGAGGAGCCGGGGGUCGUUCUCAGAGACCAUGUCAGACUAAAAACUGUCUCUCAGAGCACUAACGAGGCACACGGGCACUGCUCUGAGAGGGACGUACCUCUGACCCUGCUGUCUGUGCAGUACCUUGAAGAACUGUCCAGCCAAUGGGGGGAAAAGGAAUCUAAAGUGUUACCU